AUGCCGGUAAUGCCGAAGCUGCACAGGGCUACGAGAGUGGGACGCCGGCGCAAGGCCAAGGAGCAUCACGGGGAUGCAUCGGACGGCGGCACCGUCGACAAGGGGGCGCUGGCUGACUGCCUGUCGCAGACAUCCAAAAUCGCAGCCGAGUGCAACACCAUUCUGCGAGACCUCCUUAAGGGUCGCUCGCCCCACCACCACGACCUCCAGCGUCUCGCGAGCCAGCAAGCCACGCUGUCGGAGCUGCUGCGCAUGCUGCGUCUGGACAGCACGACGGCGGAUGGCGCCCCCCUGGCCUCGCCCAUGGACCUGCUGGGCCCCCUCUACCGCUCCCAGCACAGCCCCCUGUCGGUGCUGAAGCAGUGGGACCUGCCGCCGCCCAAGCCCAAGGCGCGGGGGGGCAAGGGCUCUGCGGCCGCGGGGGCCAGGGGCGGCGGCGACCGCGCUGCCCUCACCCGCCACGAGCGCUGCCUGAGCGUGGAGCACUACUGGAACUCGCUGACCCCGGCCACGCGCCGAGAGCUGCUGCGGGUGCCCAUCGACAAGAUGGUGGAGGUGGCUUCGGAGACGGGGGGCGAGGGCGCCGUGAAGGAGCUGUGGGAGGCGCUGGCCCUGCUGCGCCUCUCCGGCGGCCGCACGGCGGCCUACUGGCGCUGCCCGAUGUGCGACGUGCGGGUGGUGGAGCCCUCGGCCUUCCUGCAGCACCUCCAACUCUACCACGAGGACGUGCAGUAUGCUGACGACGACGUGCCCUUGGUGUGCACCAAGUGCAGCCGAGAGGUCGUGGGCGCCUACUACCAGAACGAGGAGGAUGGCUACCCGCCCGUCGUGCUGUGCAUGACGUGCUGCUGGGACGAGCAGGUCCUCCAGGGGACGAGUGAGGAGCUGAGCGGGGCAAUGCAGCUGCGGCUGCCCACCGCCUCGCACAUCCUCAGCCCUGGCAGCAGCGCCUGGUCCUCCGAGACCGGGGACGAGGAUGGGAGCGAGGACGGCGAGGGCCUGGGGCUCGGGGGCGACUGGGGCCCCGCAAGCGACGGCGGCGCCGACGAGGACGGCAGCGGGGAUGAGGAUGGCGGCACCCCGCCGCAGGAGGAGGCAGUGCGCCGGAGCGGCGCGCCCUGCCCCGCCGCAGACGACGCCGCUGCCGGGGUGGCCGUGCAGCCCCCGCGCCGGCCCAAGCGGACCGUCAGCGAGCACGCCGCGCCGCCCAGGACCUGCCUCUGCUGCGUUGCGCAGGAGAAGCCCGACUCCCAGCUGCUGGUGGACGCCAUCCUGGAGCAGCUGGCCGCGCUCUCCUCCACGCGCCGCGACCAGCUGGAGCGCGUGCUGGCGCUGCUGAUGACGCAUGCGCACCGCGUGUACAGCCGCGGCCUGGCCUCCACCGCGGAGCAGCGGCGCCACGUGCGCGGCAUGCGCGACGCGCUGCGGGAGGACGUGCGGGCCCUGGAUCAGUAUCCGCCGGCCUGGGUGGCCGGGCUCGUGGACACCGCCACGGCCUUCGCGCGGUCGGUGCCCGAGUCGCUACGCAGCCGCGAGGCCGACUUCCUGCCCCCCGGCUGCGAGAGCGGGGAGCGCGAGGCCAACGCAGCCUUCCUGAAGGCGCUGGAGGAUGUGCAGGGCCCCAGCAUAGUGCGUGCCGCCGCCUCGCGGCAGCCGUCCCCGACGCCGGCACGCACCCGCACGCCGCCCGCCUACGCCGGCCCCGCCACCCCGGCCCUGUCGGCUCCGGGGCCACCCCAUGGCACCCCUCCUGCAAACUGCCAUGGCACCCAGGCAGGCGGCUGGCCCGGACUGAUGCAGGGCCAACUAGCAGUCGGUCAUGGUCAGGCGAAUGCCCAGGCGACGGCCCACCAGGCCCCCGCCUGGGAGCCGCAGGGCGGCACCACGGGCGAGAGCCUGCGCCAGCACCACCUCGCGCCCAGCCUGCCCGGCGACCCCUUUGCUGCCGCGCCGCCGCCGCGCUUCGACGCAUUCAACGGCUACGGCCGCGUCGCGCCGGGCCUGGGCGAGUGGCCGGCGCUGCACCACCGCGGCGAGGCAGAGGGGCUGCCACCCCAUGCUCCGCCCGCCGCUUCCGCGUAUGCCGGCUUUGAUCUGGGAGGCGGGGGGUAUGCGCCGCCGUCUGGGCCACCCUUUGGAGCACGCGAGGCCGAGGCAGGUGCCAUGGACGACUGGUCUGAGCUCCAGGCGCAGCUGCCUUCUGAUCUGGGUGAUGUGCUGAACCUCUGA